CUAUCAACGUGUAUUGGUCUUCAGUAGUUGUCCGGCCGGUGAUUCACCCACAGACAAACCAGGGGCCCUAUCAAUUGGUAGCAGAGGAUGGUUCACUGACUAUCCAGGUAUAUGAUUGGCCACAAUCAAAUCCAUUGCCGUGGUUACGUACAUGAGGGAAUAAAACUUGUCUGAAACUGAUCCAUAAUUCUUGGAGAGCUGUACAAAAUCCUGUUAGACUGAUAUUAACUGAUACUGGUGAACAGCUGAAGUCCGUACUAUAAAGGAAGAACAAGUCUUAUCUUCAGCAUUCCUGUUCCUUCCAGUGAUAUGGAUCCACAGAAUGUCCACAGUAUGCAGGCUAGAAGCAGCUCUUCAGAAAGUGAUCAUUCUCCUGAUGAGCAGCAUGACUCUGCUGACAACGGGUAUGUUUCCUGCUUAGAAUGUGGAAAGCAUUUUACCUCAAAGUCCUAUCUAAACAUUCAUUUUAGGGUGCACACAGGAGAAAAACCUUUUGAAUGUUCGGAAUGUGGAAAAAAGUUUACUCAGAAGCAACAUCUUGCUUCCCAUCAGAAAACUCACACAGGAUUAAAACCUUAUAAGUGUGAAGAAUGUGGCAGAAGGUUUGCACAAAAAUACCAGCUUUCAUUGCAUCAAAAAACUCAUACAGGAGAAAGACCCUACAAAUGUUCUGAAUGUGAAAGGAGCUACAUUACCAAAUCCUCUCUUCAAGCCCACCAAGUCACACACACCUCUUUAAAUUUAUUUCCAUGCUCUGAAUGUAGUAAAGGGUUCCCUACCAAGACCCGACUCGGUCAGCAUCAAGUUGUCCACACAGGAGAGAGAGCCUUUGAGUGCCCUGAAUGUGGGAAAUGCUUUAAAACAACUUCACAACUUUACUACCAUAAGAUGACUCACACUGGGGAGAAACCCUUUAAGUGCUUGGAAUGUGGCCUAUGUUUUGCCAGAAAAUCCCAUCUUUGUGGUCAUCAGAAGAUUCAUGUUGGUGGAAAGUCAUUUGCUUGUAGUGAGUGUAAAAAGUGUUUUUAUACUAAAUCAGAGCUUGCUCAUCAUGAAGAAAUCCAUACUAGGUUGGAAAUAUUUCAGUGUCCAUUAUGCCAAGAAUGUUACCAGGACAAGUCUGAACUUAUCGAGCACAAGAAGACCCAUGAAAAAUGGUAUCAAUGUGCAGAAUGCAAUAAAGUGUUUAACCAGAAAAGUCAUCUUUCACAACACAAGAGAAUCCACAUAGGUGAUAAACCAUUUGAGUGCAAAACCUGUGGCAAAUGUUUUACGCAGAAAAUAGGCUUGAUCUUGCAUGAGCAACGCAUACAUAGUGGUGGAACCAAACAGUUUAAAUGCUCAGAAUGUGAUAAAAGUUUUGUGAUGAAGAGUGAUCUUGAGAAACACAAAAUGGUCCACACAGGUGAGAAACCAUUUUCUUGUUCAGAAUGUGACAUGUCUUACAGAACCAAGCUACGUCUGCUUGUCCAUGAAAGGAUCCACACUGGAGCAAAGCCAUAUGCUUGCCAAGAAUGUGGUAAACGUUUCAGAGAUAAUGAUUGUUUGUUUAGACACAAGAAAAUUCAUGGUGGAGUAAAGAAAUGUGUGUGUUCUGAGUGUGGAAAGGCCUUUCUUCGCAACGCACAACUUCUUUCACAUCAGAGAUCUCACACAGGAGAGAAGCCUUACAAUUGUCUUGAGUGUGGAAAGAGAUACAAAGAUAAAAGCGCUCUGGUGAACCAUCAGAAGAAUCACACAGGGGAGAGACCCUUUGCUUGCUCUGAAUGUGAUAAACGGUUUAAAGUGAACUCUGAACUUUCAAGACAUAAGAAGAUCCAUGAUGGCAAUCUGCCUUUCCAAUGCACUGAAUGUGGAAAACGUUUUAUUUCCAAGAAAAGCCUGAACAUACAUUAUCGAAGCCACACUGGAGAGAAGCCAUAUGAAUGCGUGGAGUGUGGGAAAUGCUUUAGCUGUAAUUCCAAUCUUGUAGCUCACAAAAGGAUACAUACAGGAGAAAAGCCCUAUAAAUGCAUACUUUGUAGAACAUCAUUUACUCGCGUCUCUGGAUUGAUCUCACAUAAAAAAAUACAUCAUCCCAAUGAAUAGUGGCUACUGUAAACAAUAUGCUUUAACCACCUCUGGACCGCCUAACGCAGAUGUGCGGUCCGGAGGUGGCAGCCCUGCGCAGAGUCACGCAUAUAUGCGUCAUCUCGCGAGGGCCGGGA